GCCCGCGAGAUAUUGACCAAUCAGCGGCGCGGAUCCGAAUUCAAGGCGGAAGUGGUUCUAGUUUGCGCCAGAACUUCGAGCGAAUUCGACGUGCUAUCGUCUUUUUACCCACGAAAGUCUGCCAAAAUGAGCGAAGGAGAGGAAAAGAAGGAGGUGAAGCCUGAGACAGACCACAUCAACCUGAAGGUCCAUGGACAGGAUGGCGCAGUCGUACAGUUUAAGAUAAAGAGGCACACACCACUGAGGAAACUCAUCACUGCUUACUGUGAGAGAGCGGGAGUGCGACCUGAAGGCGUGCGGUUCAGAUUCGACGGGAAUCCCAUCAACGAGAACGACACGCCCAAUGUGCUGGAGAUGGAUGACGGAGAUACCAUUGACGUGUUCCAACAACAAACAGGGGGCAGAAGCUGAACACUUACUUGUACUUCAACAUCCCAGUCUUCUCCGCCCGCCCCCAACACCCCUCUGUGAAAGUGGUACCACCUGUAGUAUGUUCUUGAGCCACUUUUACAUAGUAGAGUCAAAUAAGUCACAUAACCCUAGUAUGGAUUGCUGCAGUUUCAAAACUUGCUGUUUCAACCUCUCAAAGCUGUCGUGUAUCUGAUCGUCUAGUCUGACCCACAAAGAAGGGGCAAAUGCAUUUAAACAUUUAAAUGUCAAAAAGGAAAGGUUCUUCUCAAUUUGUAAACUUAGAUACUGAUAGUUUCUCUCAUUCCGUGGAUUUGACAGUUUCACUGUGACUUAAGGUAGUAUGUAGAAAGAAACUUAUCUGUCAAAGGACUAUGUUAGGGAGAUGGGAAGUUACUAGUACUCUUUGAAGAGACAAAAUGACCCCCUUUUAGUACAGAUAUAAGUGAAAACCGUAAGUAAAGUGACAAGGGAGCAUUUAUGAAGAUCUGCUUUUAUCAUUCCAAUAUUUUGUUGUUUUAAGUCAGAAUAAAAGAACUUCCGAAAUUGUUUUCUUUACCCAUACUUCUACUGUAUGGGCUAAGUUGUUUGUUGACAUGUACUUUAUAGGAAUAUACAGAAACAAUAGUAAUAAUGCUCAUGUAACUGUUAUGCAUUAGACUCUGAAUGUGUUGCACUCUGAACAACAUGGGGUAUAACUCGCUUAGAAUACAAGGUUCUAACAUUUGUCGUGGAAGAUAGUCUUUGCAAGGUUUCCAUCCAUUCUUGGAUUCACAUUGAUUUCACUGAUAUUUGAAAUGUAGUGGAGAGUUCUGAUUGGCUCUGAGUCACAUGGUUCGUACAAGGUCAUGGAAAAGGGGGUACAAAAGAUUAAAUCAUUGAAAGUGAUCAUUUAUUGGUCAAGGUGGGCCAUUAUUUUUUGGCAAUGCCUCAAGGGCAGAGCCUUUUGUCAGAAGUAGACAUAAUUUUUUUCAUUGUGCAACACAUUCAUUGGCAAUAUAUACAUUGUAGUGAGUGUCUUCAGUAAUAUACAUCCUCAGUAACUACAUGUAACAGAAAUAUUAUUUGUAUUAACUCUUAACAGGUUCAGUAAUAGUUCAGUAAUUCAUAAGUAACCAGAUACGAGUUACUUGUGUACACCACUAAUAGUUAUUUUGGUUAACUUUGUAAAGAACAGUUUUUACAUCCUCUAGAUACAGUUUGUUUCCAGGCUUGAUUCAAGAUGAUAGUCAAAGGUAAUUGUUAAUAAAAUUUCACAUUAUUAAUGUGGA